AUGCCGAAUAUUGGCGUCGCUGAUGCUGAACACGCUUUAGGCGUAAGAUAUUUCGAAGGUAUUAGUGUUCGGAAAGAUCUUACGUUGGCUUUCUAUUGGUAUCAACGUGCAUCUGAUCAUGGCAGCGUAAUGGCUGCUAAUCAGUUAGGUUCAAUGCACUCAGGUGGUCUUGCGGUUGAUAAUAAUCUUGAAAAAGCUGAAGAAUUAUAUGAAUUAGCAGCAAAACGAGGUAAAAAUGAUUUUCAAAUGGCGGAACUAUGGUACGAUCGUGCAUGUGAAUCAGAUAAUGUUGUUGCUCAACGAAAUCGCGAUGAAUUUAUGAAAAAGUUGGAAGAACAACAGUGUUAUUCAUUGGAUUUUCAACAAGCAAUAAGUGAAGGAACGAACUAUUAUUUACUAUGUCAGAGUAAAUAUUCAGCAUCAGUAGCAUCUGAGCGCUUCUAUUUAAGAGAUUAUGGCAUGUUUUGUGAACAUGCUCGACGUGGUUCACUAACUGCUAAAACACUUCGCACGGCGUUAGACAUAUUGACAUCUUUUGAAAUUUUGACAGAAGAACAAGAAAAUACAUUUGUUCAUGAACUGUCUCAAUGUUAUCGUAUUGAAACCAUUGUAGCUCAAAUUCCAGUUGUUUUUCAUAAAAGAGUUAGUGGCAUCAUUGAACGAGUAUUAGCUCGAUGCAUACAGCAGCCGAUGUCGGUUGUUUCACAACUUGAUGAAAACAUUCGACUAUGUUAUGCAGCACUGAAUUUAAAUUCUGGCGCAGUAAAUGGAUUUCAACGUAAAUCUGAUGAUGGUUUGUUUAGCAUAAACAAGGGAUUUGAAAUCGAGCCUGAUAACUAUGAGCUUCUAUAUCAUAAAGCUGUUCUAUUGCGUCAUAUUGGUAAAGAUAUGAAAGAGGCAAUUGUAGCCUAUCAAAAAUUUAUUGCGAUUGCUCCAAAAGAUCAUCGAAAAAUUCCUGAAGCAUAUUAUGAAAUGGCACAAUGUUUGAAAGAUUUUACGCCUGAUGUUGCACUUCAUUGGAUCUAUAAACAAUAUAAAGAAGGAAAAGAUGCAGAAAAACUGCAAUUACCAUGUUUUUUGCCUUAUAAAUCGGAAAAUAUUGCGUUUAUACAACCAAUCAUUGAUAUGAUAGAAUCAAGCAACAUGUAA